GAAAGGAACUUCUCUCGCUUGCUCAUUCCGUCUCUCCUUGUCCUCUCUCCUAAGCACCUGGAGCCCAGGCCUGGCUCCAAACCCAUGAAAACUGCCCAAGUGUAAAAGCUUCUCAAGAAUGAGAUGGAUCCUGGGGCGAAUUCCCCUCAGAAGCAGGAUAAAGAGAAUUUAGUGGGCAUCAGCAGUAAAGGGCUUGGUGUAUGUGGCUGGAUCCUGUUUUCCCUUUCUUUGCUGCUGAUGAUCAUUACCUUCCCCAUCUCCAUAUGGAUGUGCUUGAAGAUCAUUAAGGAGUAUGAACGUGCUGUUGUAUUCCGACUGGGACGCAUCCAAGCUGACAAAGCCAGAGGGCCAGGUUUGAUCCUGGUCCUGCCCUGCAUAGAUGUCUUUGUCAAGGUUGAUCUCCGAACUAUUACUUGCAACAUUCCUCCACAAGAGAUCCUCACCAGAGACUCCGUGACUACGCAAGUGGACGGAGUCGUCUAUUACAGAAUCUAUAGUGCUGUGUCUGCCGUGGCUAAUGUCAACGAUGUCCACCAAGCCACAUUUCUGCUGGCUCAGACUACCCUGAGGAAUGUCUUAGGGACGCAGACCCUGUCCCAAAUUUUAGCUGGCCGAGAGGAGAUUGCCCAUAGCAUCCAGACCUUACUUGAUGAUGCCACCGAGCUGUGGGGGAUCCGGGUGGCACGAGUGGAAAUCAAAGAUGUCCGGAUUCCGGUGCAGCUACAGCGGUCCAUGGCUGCGGAGGCCGAGGCCACCCGGGAAGCCAGGGCCAGGGUCGUUGCCGCCGAAGGGGAAAUGAAUGCUUCCAAGUCUCUGAAGUCAGCCUCCAUGGUGCUGGCCGAGUCCCCAGUAGCCCUCCAGCUGCGUUACCUGCAAACCCUCACCACCGUGGCCACCGAGAAGAAUUCCACCAUCGUCUUCCCUCUGCCCAUGAAUAUCCUGGAGGGCAUCGGUGGUGUCAGCUACAAUAACCAUGAGAAGGCUACGAACAGAGCCUGAGGUUUUGGGCUGUGGUCAGCCGCUGCUUGGGGAGCUGUUGCCAGUUCUCUCGGGAGAACCCAGCGGUCAGAAGGACUGAGAAUUGCAACAAUAUUGAACCAGAGGGACGCCGCUGCUAGAAUAGCAUUGGCAGAAAAAUGCCAUAAAGCCUCCCCCUAAAAGUGGGGGCCUGGUUAUAUUAUCCCAGAGCAUAAACAGCUUUGCAUUAUCCAUAUUAGUCAGUUAGCAGGCAUUCGACUUAAGGCAGGAACUUGCUUGCUUGCAGCAGGGAGAAGAAAUCUUUGCAAAACCUUGGCUAAGAUUUCAGCAUUAAUUUUGAUUGGUUUUAAGAAGCUCUCUAGAUAAUUUAUAAAGAAACACAGGCCUCCUCUUUAUACUAGCUAUUUGCUUUUUAUAAUUCCCAAGUAACUAUUUGCUAAAUCUCCAAUAAUGGCAAGACCCUCCCACCCCCUCACCACCCAAGCCUCCGUGUUUGAAAUCCAGAUUGAUUUUGAUGUGAAAGGCUGAAGAGGCACCCAGGCUGCAAACUCAUCACAGCGCCUGGGGCGGACUCCGUCCCAGCUCUCUUGUACCCAUGACCAGGGCCCAAUGCUUAGCCUCCCGACAACUUUGCCAGCGGCUGGGACAGUGCAUGGCACUUACAAGCGAGAAUGAUGCUUAUGACUGGUUCUGUUGGUUGGAAUCAAUGGGGAACAUCCUGUGAACUCCAUAUUUUCACCCCAUUAUUAGACCCAAGAGCCACCAGUAGUUAAGAAUUGUAAAUGCCAUUCACCACCCCCUUCCAAAAAACCCCUAAACUGUUCAAAAUAAAGAAGCCGUAGA